CGCGCCAAUCAAAGACUAUAGAAGUCUUUAUUGAAGCCAAAAGGUUCAGUUUCUCCAAUAUAAAUAAAUGCUUUCUACGGAAUACUUGCGGAUAAAACCCUUAUAACAUAGCACACAUUCUUUGCCGGCUUCAUGCGUCACCUACGGCAACCUGCAAGCAUGUCACAAAAAGGGGCUGUGUUACGACUAGUCUUGGCAAUGAAACCCCGCAGAGAAAAAUUGCUGCCUUCUCUAAGGUUGAGCGUGGGCAGGGACAAGUACCCCUUACACCUUGCAGUUAACCUGACAAAAAAGUCAAAAUAUCAAGCCAUAUAUAAUGAUCCCCGCCUGUUUCCCUUGUCACGACGCUUAAAAUACUGCACAGGUCGUGCCGCCCGCCAUGCUUCCCGCGAUGGUUUCCUGCCGGCAACGAGAAUCUUAAUCAAUCCAAGAGAGGGGAGGACCCUCCUCUCUAAAACGCCAGCACGCCCAAAAACCGAAGUUGAGAAAUAUUUCGAAUACCCCGCAAAAUAUCUUUGGACGUUAUGUCGAGUGCUGGUCGCUCGACUGCUGUCCCAUAAAAAUCCAUACCGGUCCAAAACUCUUCCAAGCUGUCGCAUCAUCUCCGAUAGCCCAGCGGCGGAAGCAACCAUCGGACUAGCCGCCGAGGCAAUUUCGUCUGUUAUAAAGCAAGCAUGCCAAAGCAUUAAAACAGGCGGAAUGGGCAGCAAAAGCAAUAGGGUAAAAUUAUGGAACCCAAAAGCCGUGGCAAGGAGCAAAACUUCUCUUUCUCCAAAGUAGGGAUAGAACUUCUGCACUCUGGGGACCUCCACGUCUCAACACAUAAGGAGACACAAGUCACCUGACAUUAGACCUCCGCUCGUUUCCGAUGUUAGCGCAUCCUUUGCGAGGUGACCCGGGAUGUCUAGGUGGGAUCGACGGGACCUCGGUGCGAUGAAAUCUUCUGCUUAGCAAGG